CCUCUUUUACCUCCUUGCUUUCUUCUUCUCCUUCUUCCCAUCCCUUGGGAGAUUGAAAUUCCAGCAGCUUCCCUCCCCUCUCCAAGCCGUUCUCCCUUUCCAUCUCCUCCCACUCCCUUUCUUCCCUUCCCUCCCUUAUCUUCCUCUCCUCUCCCAGUUGAGUUAGGUGCACUGUUUAAGUCCAGUACAGCUCUUACCUGGCUCUGUCAACAUGUCCUGGACUCGAGUGUUUGUCCUCUCUGUGCUCACCACCCUCCUCAUCCUCACCUUUUCCAGUUUGGUGGAAAACGCCGCAGUACGGGACGACCCUAAACCAGCCGACCCUAAAGGCGCAGCACGGCAGGUGUUCAUGCCCGAGUCGGACGCCUCCAACUUCUUCAAGCGUCGUAGUCGCCGUUCGGUGGAAUACUAUGAGUUCCAAGCUGAGCAGAGGGUACGGCUUGCAGCAGAUGAGCAUAGGAGGGAGUACAAAGAGGAGCAGAGGAAUGAGUAUGAGAACUACGUCGAGGAGGAGCGUGAUGAGGUAAAUGAGAGAUCGAGGGAGACGAACGAGCAGCUCAGAGAAUAUCACUACGACGGCCUUUAUCCUCGCUACCACUGGUUCCACUGAGCACACCUGCUGGGGUGGGAGAUACAGCGCCUCUCACUGGGGCAGCAGUGGUACUGCUACUGUGACACGUGGAGAGCCAGUGCUGAAAUCUUUACCGUAUUUUUUCUACUUUAAUCUGCAGGAUGAAAGUUUUCUUUUGCUUUAUUUUUUAUACAGCCUAAACUGUGCAAUAUGUGUCUCCAUGUUAAACUGUAGAGUGCAUUUAAAGUGCACUUUUUGUAUUGAAGCUAAAUGUUAUCGUUACUGUUUUGCAUGCUCGGUUUUAUUGCCUUUUUACACAUAUUCAUGGUUAUAUACAUAUAUAUAUAAAUAUAUAUAUAUGUCGUUCAGUCAGCCUGAGAGUGACAUUAUUACUUAAAGUGUAAAUGACAAAUAAAGAGGAGAUUCCUUAUUACCAGACCACUGAUGUGUUUUGACUCGAGCGAGCACUGUCUGGUAUUUGGAGAAUUUAACGGGAGGGAGGUGGUGUGGAAUAAAAGAGAAGAAGAGGUGAGCUGCAGAAGUCAUCAGGCAGAAAUUCAUCCCACAUUCCACUCUGGAAAUAUUAGACUGGGCAACGAGAGACUGAAGACGUAGAAAG